AUGAAAAAGUUUAAAAGUAAGCCUGUUCCUCUCGUUAACUCAGAAUCAGGUUCAGAUACAGAAGAAGAUCUAGAUCCAGAAGUUCACAAGAAAUCAUUGGAAAAGUUAAAAAAGAUUGAUCCUGACUUUUACACAUUCCUUGAAGAGAAUGACGAAAAUUUGUUGAACUUUGAAGCUGAUUCUGACGACGAAGAAGCAGACGUCGAGAGGGAUGAUGAUGACCAGAUACACACUCCUGGACCUCUCAAAGGCGACAGUGAUGAGAGUGAUUAUGACGAUGAAGAUGCUAAACCAGCUAAAGGCAAGAUCACACUAAAACUUGUGACACAGUGGCAAGCUGAGCUGCAGAGUGAAGGAAAAAUAAAGCUCACUACCCUUACCACUGUGAUUAAAGCUUUUAAUGCCGCAAUGUUGAGAGCCACCAGUGAGGAUGGCUCUUCUGAGGGGGAAUUCAAAGUGGAAGGAUCAUCGGUGUUCAAUGCAGUUAUUCAAAUGUGUGUUCUGAAUUUACCAGCUGCUAUAAAAAAGUACUUAGGCAUGGAGCAAUCAGGAAAAGAUCCUCAAAAAUGCAAACGUUUUGUCAAAAUCAAAGGACCUUUGGUAGCUUACCUCAAUGACUUGCUAAAACUUUUGAGUGGAGUCACAUCUGAAAACAUUUUAACUGUACUUUUGAAACAUUUGCAUCAAAUGUCAGUAUUCAUUGCAUGCUUUAACAGAAUAGCUAAACAAGCACUGAAAAAAUUGAUCACUCUUUGGAGCAAUGGAGAGGAAACAGUGAGAGUUUUGGCAUUCCUCUGUAUAUUAAGGAUAACAAGAAAUCAGCAAGCCACUUUACUUGACCUAGUAUUGAAAGCUUUGUAUUUGACUUUUGUGAAGAAUUGUAAAUUUGUCAGUCCAACAACCUGGCCUGGAAUUAACUUCAUGAGGAGGUCACUGGUAGAAAUGUUUACAUUGGACUUGAAUGUGUCAUAUCAACAUGUUUUUCUGUAUAUUAGACAGUUGGCUAUACACCUGAGGAAUGCAAUAGUUGUCCAAAAAGUAGAGAACAGACAGGCUGUAUAUAACUGGCAAUUUGUAAACUCUCUGCACUUAUGGGCUGACUUGCUAUCAGUGUCACCAAACAAGUCCCAACUGCAACCUCUUGUAUAUCCCCUAACAAUGAUCAUAACAAACACUAUCAAAUUAGUGCCUACACAUCAGUAUUAUCCAUUAAGAUUUCACUGUGUUGAGAUAUUGAUAAAUCUGUCGGAGGAAUCAAAUACUUUCAUACCCGUACUACCAUAUCUUGUUGAGGUAUUAACAUCUUACGACUUCAACAAAAAACAUAAAAAAGUUUCCAUGAAGCCAUUAGACUUCUCCUGCAUACUUAGAUUGGCAAAAUCACAACUCCAAGAGAAUGGUUUCAAAGAUUCUGUCAUAGAUAGGAUAUAUGGACUUAUGUUGCAUUACACAGCCAAUGAAUCACAUUCUAUGUCAUUCCCAGAAGUUAUGCUGUUAGCAGUUAUGCAGAUAAAGCAGUUUUUGAAAAGCUGCUCAGUAGCAAACUACACAAAAAAGAUGCGCCAACUCCUAGAAAAACUUGAAGAGAACUCGAGAUUCAUAGAAUGUGAAAGAGCUAAAGUAACAUUUGAUUUGAACAAUACAAAAAUGGUAAACGCCUGGGAAACCAGUAUUAAAAUGAAUGGCACGCCAUUGAUGGCAUUCUAUGAGAAUUGGAACAAAAUAAACAAGAUUCAGAAACGUAAGAAAGUUUCCAAGAAUGAUGAGCUUGCUGGAGACCUGCCAUCUAUUAAGAGGCCUAGGAUAUCUGAAGAGUUGGUAGUAGCUACUAAUAGCAAACCAGAAAGGAAAGGACCUUUAGUUUUGUUCCCAUCGGAUAGUGAGGAAGAGAAAGACAACUUUAACCUUCAUGAUGAAGACAUUUCCCCAAUGGCAAAGAAAGUAAAAAAAGUUAAAAAGAAGAAGGUUGUUAAAAAAAAGGUUGCAGUAAAUGAUGAUAAUGAUAAAAUCCCAGAUGAAAUAGAUGUUGUACAAGACUUUUGUGCCAGUGAUUGGUAAUAAAAAUAAAACCAAAUUCUACUAACAUCAAAAUCAAUAAAAGAAGUGGGAAAUAUAGACAGUUUUAUUGACUA